AUGAGGGCUCCAUCGUCCCAAGCAAGAACACAGUCCCGAUAUGCGGAUCAACCUACUCCCGCUCCGGAGUCGAAGUCGUCGUCCGGCACCCAUCAGAACUUGAGACGGCGUACGACGAUAGAUCUGCCUACAACAGGGCAUUGGGAGCUGGGAAAGACGGUCGGUGCUGGUAGCAUGGGCAAGGUCAAGCUGGCACGAAACAAGGAGACGGGAGAACAGGUGGCCGUGAAGAUUGUUCCAAGAGGUGCAACGGAGGCUGAACAUCGAACACCACAAGAGCGAGAGCGUGCUGAGCAUAGCAAGGAGAUUCGGACAGCUCGGGAGGCUGCUAUUGUCACACUGGUCGACCACCCAUAUAUCUGCGGCAUGCGGGAUGUGCUACGGACAAACUACCAUUGGUACAUGUUGUUUGAAUAUGUGAACGGAGGGCAAAUGCUGGACUACAUAAUCAGCCAUGGACGAUUAAAGGAGAAGCAAGCACGGAAGUUUGGACGACAGAUUGCGAGUGCACUGGAUUACUGCCAUCGCAACAGCAUCGUGCACCGCGAUCUCAAGAUUGAGAACAUCCUCAUCAGCAAGACGGGUGACAUCAAGAUCAUCGAUUUUGGUCUUUCCAACUUGUUCAGCCCGCGGAACACACUGAAGACUUUCUGCGGAAGUCUGUACUUCGCCGCACCGGAGCUAUUACAAGCGAAGCAAUAUACCGGACCGGAGGUGGACGUGUGGAGCUUUGGUAUUGUGCUGUACGUUCUCGUGUGCGGUAAGGUGCCAUUCGACGAUCAGAGCAUGCCGCAGCUCCAUGCAAAGAUCAAGAAGGGUGUGGUGGAGUACCCGCCAUGGUUGAGCUUUGAAUGCCGAACUCUGAUUGCACGCAUGCUCACCACAAAUCCCAACGAUCGGGCAACUCUACAAGAAAUCAUGACACAUCCAUGGAUGGUCAAAGGUUUCAAUGGACCGCCGGAGACAUACCUUCCACAACGAAAGCCUUUACAGCUCCCUCUGGACGCCGCCGUGAUUGAUAAGAUGACUGGAUUCGACUUUGGCGAUGCGGAGACAAUCACUUCCCAGCUGACGAAAGUCCUGGAGUCCGAGGACUAUCAGCGUGCUAUACGACUAUCAGAGAGAAGAAGUGUGAUGCAACCCCAGGACACAGAUCAGAAGCGCGGCGUGUUCAACUUCUACAAGCGGAGGAGCUCAGCCACGAGCAGGGACACCCUCAACGCACCUUCGAACGAAGCACUGCAGAUUGGAUCAGACCCGACCAAUGCUUAUCACCCACUGAUUUCAAUAUACUACCUGGCUCAGGAGAAGAUUGAGCGAGAAGCAAGGGAGAAGAAUCCCGGCGCUCUUGCCCUGCCACCACUCUCGGGUGAGAACCCGUUGCAAGUGCCGGAUCUUGCGGCACCUGCGGCUGCAUACACCAACCCAAUGUCAUACGAACUCGCCGGUGAAAAGCCGACGGGUGGGAGGUCUCGGCCUCGAGCCCGCACUCAGGGUGAGGACGAUCUACCUCAAGCGAUGCAGAAUGCCAGUCUCAAUACCACACCGAAAAUCGUCGAGCCAGACCAGAAGAACCAUGGUCGGAAAGAGAGCACGACCGGCGGCAUUUUCCGACGAUUCAGUAAGCGCGAGAAGAGCGAGAGGCCUAGUCGUCCACCUGCAUCUCUCGACAAAUACUCGACGCCAGAGACGCCUCGAAAGAGCUUCAGUAUGCGCCGCACGCGUGAUGCGAGCCAGACACGGGAGAGCACGCGACCGGAAACCUCUGCCAGCAAGCAGAGUGAAUACCUUGCACCACCGUUGUCAGACGCCACAAAUGAGCAACAAGGCCAACAGCAGCAACAACAACCUCCACCGCAAAGCACCAAGCGAUCCCAUGGUCUUGGCAGAUCUGUUAGUGUCAACUCCAGCGACAUCAGGAGACGCUUGAGCCGUCGCGGUGUGUCUGAAGGAACAUCUGCAGCUAGACAGCGAGCUGCUGCGCCCACACCUGCAGUAGAGCGCAAGGUGUCUUUCGAUCGGAAUCCAAGCAGCAACCAAGGAGCUCAAUCCGACGCCGAGUCGAGCCGCAACGCAACCAACAUUGCCAGCCGUGCCAAGUCCAUGGGUCAUUCCCGGAAAGAAAGCAUGCAAUUCCGCCGCGCUCGCCGAGACAACACCAGGACAGCGGACGUGCCGGAAGAGACAGACCAAGACAUGCUGGGCCAAGUGGACAGCAAAGAACACGGCUCCGGCAGCCCCAGCGGCAUGAAACCCGUCUUCCUCAAAGGUCUCUUCAGCGUCUCCACCACAAGCAGCAAACCCGUCGCCUUCAUCCGCUCCGACCUCAUCCGCGUCCUCCGCGACCUUGGCGUCGAGUUCCGGGAAAUCCGCGGCGGCUUCGCAUGUCGCCACGCUCCCAGCAUCAAACCCACCGCCGCCGACGAAACCACCCCUCCCGAGUCCUCUGAAACACCUGCCACCACCCACCGCCGCAAAGUCUCCUUCGGCGGUUUCCGUGGCGCCAGCGCCGAGCAACAACCGAGUUCCAGCUCCGGCGGCGCAGCAGCAGCACCCAACACUCCCCGCCAGAAGGCCUCAUACCCGCAAUCCGAGGAGGACUCCGAAGAGGACCCGCCCGCAAACCGCGGAGGAGUGCGUCCUGCGGGUGAGACGACGACGCAGGUCCAGUCGGAUUUGGGCGAGCAGAUGACGUUGCGGUUUGAGAUUUUCGUGGUCAAAGUCCCAUUGUUGAGUUUGCAUGGGAUUCAGUUCAAGAAGGUAGAUGGCGGGACGUGGCAGUAUAAGAAUAUGGCGCAGAAGGUGCUGGGGGAGUUGAGGUUGUAG